GUUCACAGCGAUGUGCAGCACCUGGCAGAUGGACUUGCAACAGAGAACAAGAAGGUGCAGGACGACAUCCAGCAGAUGGCGGACGGACUUGCAACAGAGAACGAGAAGGUGCGCGAAGAUGUCCAGAAGCUGGCAGAUCGCCUAGCAACGGAGAGCAAGAAGGCGGCCGACGCGGGCUCUGGAGAAGACGCCAAAAGCCUCCUGCAGGAAGCGAAGGCCGAGGUGCAAGCCGUUGAGAAGUCGGCACAGUCCACCGCCGAGCAUAUUCAAAGAUUGACGGAUGGACUGGGAGCAGAUGAGCCGCAGGAGACUUACGAAAUCCACGCUGACGCGGGGAUUCCAUGGAACGCGGUCUGGCCCUGCGUCAUCUUGGUGGCGCUCAUCUACAUCUAUCUCGCUGUGGGCAUCUUCAUGCCUGACCCAAUGGGAUACGAGCGCGUGGACGUGGACGGACGGGACCCGGCUUUGGUGUUGGCAGCUCUGCUCUACUGGGUAGUGAUGCCCAUCGCGCUGGUCACGCUUGGCUUCGGAGCGACAUGUGAAGAAGGGGCUCCCAAUGUGGCCUACAUCACCUACGGUGUCUGCUUUGUCAUACACUUUGCAUGCAUCUUCUGGGCCAUGACAGGCUCAUUGAAAAGGAGACUCCACGACAGCACCCCAAAACUCAUCUUCAUGCUUGGCCUUGCGGCGCUGGAGCACUUUGACAUGGCUUCGGAUGCGCUCUUCACUGGCACAUCAGCGGCGUGCAGUGAGCAAAUCACAAGCUUGUGGCUGCAAUCCUGGCACGAAGUCCCAGGAGGGGAUUUGAUGGUUCCCGUUCUUGACAAGAUGGGCUUCUCCGGUGUGGCGUUGAUGCUGUUUGUCACGGCUGCCUACGUGCCACAGCUCUUGUGUGUGUAUGCUCCAUUUGCACCCGUUGGUUCACCGGCAUUUGCGCUCAUGAUCAUCCUUUGGGCAGCCUUCGGCUGGCUUGAAGGCCUCACGGUCAUGGUCGCAGUUUACUUCGCAGUGGUGUGCACCGAGCCUGGGCGGCUGCAAAUGAAUGCGUUGAGACGUCGAGUCGCAUCGGGCGACGAAGAACUUGUGCUCUUCAUCGGUGCAGAGGUCGUUCAACUCGACGAAGAGGAUGUUGAGGCGCGGAUGCAUGUCAUCAUCGGCACGAAGCUCGUCUUGGAGAACUUGCUGCAGCUCUGGUUGCAAAGCUCUUACCUCUCCCUUUCCUUCGAAACGAUGGACAGCUUUGCACGUUUGCAGGCGAUGGCAUCCAUCGGCGUGGGGCUCCUUGUCGCAGGUGGCAAAGGGCUCCAGCUGUCGGCAUUCCUGCUGCCAAUUCUCAUGAAAGACCCUGGGUCUGUUUGCCGGGAUUUCGACCCCUUGCUUUUAUUUCUAGGUGUCAUCGGUGUCGGCAUGAUGCUGGCCGGCUUCGGGGGCCUUGCCUGGAUCGUAGCCAAGGUUGUAUUCGUGUUUCGCUGUGAAUCUCAUGUUUGGAACCUCACCACCGGUUGCGUCAGCCCAGAGACGUAG